UCCGCGCACCGUCGUCAUCCAGUCGUCAGUGAUCGCCGUCGCGAGUUGGUGUCCGAAUCGAAAGGAAACAGAGUUUUUUUUUUUUUUUUCUUUGGACUUGUCUUUUCGACUGGCUAAGACCAUUGGUUGGUCCAUCUCGCCUAUAAACAGAGUUUAGGAGGUACCGUUUCAAUCCGCGAACUCAUCGUCUUCGGUGUUUUGUGUUUUUUCUUUUCACCCUGCCUCUCGGUGCGCGUUGCCAACGAAGAGUAUUCUGGCUGUGGUGCCUUUAUUCCCCCCGAACACCCAAUAUUUUGACAGCUACAGAAAACUUGGGGCCGCUCGACUCGAGAGUGGUGUCUUCGAUUUCGUCGGACGGAAAAGCAAAACAACAGCGGAAAAUAGCUGGUGUGUUGGAGUUUUUCGCGAGGGAAAACGCGCGAGUGAGUGCGUAGCACAGAGUGACAAGAUCGCAAGAAGAGGACCAGCAGCAACAGGGAGCGGGUUUUCCUUUUGAGAUUUUUCCGAAUUAUAUAUUUUCUCAGCCGCUGCUAAGUGCGAGCCAGUGUGUGUAUUAUUCCUUUGCGCCUCCGCUAGUGGUGCGCUGCGGUUUAGUGAAUUUGGCAGUGUAAGGUUUCGGGGUGAAAGUGUUCCUUGGCCUCGCUCGAUCGGAUGCUGGCUGGCUUGUUCGGUGCAUUUUCCGUGACGGGAGUGUGAAGUUGUGUGGUGCGUUCCAGAAGAUUUAUAUUCCUGGUUCACUAACAGAAACCGGAUUCCGGUGUUCCCCACAAGUGCGUCGUGUAGUGCAUCGGAAGUGUCCAUUCUCCGGAAACGACGGAAACUCGUCUAAUCUCCCAGCUGCAGCAGUAUCGCACGAUGGCGGAAAAUAAAGGAAUGUUGCUGGCCAAGUCCGUUCAGAAGCACGCCGGAAGGGCUAAGGAAAAGGUAUGUGUCCGUCCACCGGGUUAAGAUCAUAUGGAACCGAUGGCCACGACAAAAGUGCUGCUCACCGGCUCGAGGGAUGGCACAUUGGCUAAUCCUGUAUGAGGGGGUACAAAAAUAGAUUGGAGCUCUCUUCACGGACGCGAAGAUUUUCGUCACCGACUGCCACUCGACGACGGAUGACGGCAGUGUGAUGAUGAUGGUGAUCAGGCCCGAAUCUGUUGUCUGUGGGUAUAAGGGACCGGUAAUACUUGGUUUCUCAUGGCCAAGGUCCCAAUAAGUUAUUCGGCAGAUCUAUUUACUACUUUUAAAGAAAGGAAUAAAAUAUAUCUGACACUAAGUCUUAUAAGCAGUGGUCAAGAGACUUUUGCAAUUAAUCUGAAGAUGGAUUCGGAAUGUCUCUUGACCUCUGAAGAUCUAAAAAACUCUAAUUGUUUCAUAUCAAUCCAGGGUGUCUUCUAUGUACAUUAUUUUCCAAGCAUAAUUUGUCUGGGAAUUCAAUCAACAAUCUGAUUGUUUUGUUUUGUACAUGAGAGGUACGGUCAGUUAACCAGUAGUUAUGGCUACAGUACCUCAAAUUGGUCAUAGAUAGUUGAUUUUUACCUUUAACCCUUUUCUUCCCACGACUUUGAACGACUAUUUCUAUGCCAAGAAAGCGUUUCCGAAAAAAGUGUUUGAACAAAAGUUAUGAAAAAUUCCGAAAUCAACGAAAAAGUUUUUAGUUGUAAAUCAAUAGUCUUUUGCUUGUUUAUCAAUAGUUGCACUAUUGAAACAAGUAGUUGGCAGUUGGGUUCACCUAAUGAGGUUACAACCAUAUGAUAAAAACUAUUACAUCAUAUUCAUCUAAUUCCGUUUGUCUCGAUUUCGUCGACAAUCGAUGGUGCUCUAGAGCAACCAUGGGAAGUAGAGGGUUAAUGGUGCACAUGCAAAUCAACAUGAAAAACAUUGGUAAUAAAACAUCUCGUUCACAUAUUAAGUUGGUUCAAUUAAUUUUAUUAGUUUUUUUUUUGAAAUAUUGCGGUCUUGUCCAUAGAAUCUUUAUUACCUUCACGUACCCGACCCCCGACAACUCAUUUUGAAAAUGCUGGCAUUUCGUCAAUUUUCAUUCGAUGUUUUUUUAAAUCGCCCUUAAUCGAUCAUAAAUUGGUGCAGGUUUCUUACACUCAAGUGGCCAUGUAAUUUCCGGAGAUAUUCCGGAUAGUACUAUGGUCAGGGGGGAGGGGAGUACCAAAGCCAAGGUACACAAAUUACGUAACUCUAAAAUUGGUAAUUUCAGACCCCCUCCCUCCCCCUUGUGACGUUUUUUGUAUGGAAAUAUAAAAACUUUUGUAUCCCUGGCUAAGUUCGCAGGGGUUGACGGUAUUAAAGUGAAGCAUUUUGAUUAUUGUAAUGUAGUGUUCUUUAGUGAAACAUAUCACCUUUUUAACACUUUAAUGCGCCUCCAACGGUUCAUCACGAACCGGCUGCUGCAGAUGGAGUAUGGCUGAUCAUAUGCAUCAGACAUGCUCGAUAAACAGGAGGAACCGCCGGGGCUCAGUAGAGUCUAUUCCCAAGCAAUAGUUCCAAGUCGGUUGGAUUUGAGAAGGUUUUGAUUAUCGUUACAAAUCCUAAUGAAAGUAUUAUAGGAUUUGUGACAGGUUUUGGAACCUUUUACAGCCAUCUGACUUCAACAUGUUGUUUGGGCUCUAUUUCCCACGUUUCUCGGUUGAUUUUUAUUACAUAGUAAUUUAUUAAUGUCGAUGUUAGUUGGUCAUAUUUUAUUUAAAUAAAGCAAUAAAAAUCGACCGAAGAAUCAAUAGUGGGAAGGAGAUUUGCAGCACUUAAUUGUGCUGAUAGAUUUAAAGCUAACGUGCGAACACUUAAACUCAUUGUUGACGUCAAUGCAUUCGACGUGACAUUUUGGACAAAAACUGACUGCUUUAUAUUAACUGAACAACGUUACUUGUGUAUGACUAGGUUGACAUUUCUAGACUACGCUUGAGAAAACGACAUGGUUCAUCUAGGUAGGACCGAUAAGACAAUUGAACGAAUUUGAAUAUUUUUAAUAGUAUUUGUAGCGGGAUGAAAGUUGACAUGAAAUCUUUAUUAUUUUAAAAUUUUAUUGCAAUCAACUGACCAACUUAACGUAUUUUUGAUUAUCUCUUAGAUGUUCAGAAGUUCAGUUACAUGUUUCUGUGGAUUUUGGAGCGAUGACAAUUUAAGGACACAAGAGAUGAAGACAAGUAGAAAACGAUUAGCGAAAUCAAGAAAACAAUUUGACACAGGAUCGACUAUAUUUUAACAUACAGGGUUCGAUUGAUUCGAUGAAAAAAAAACACCAUACGACAACUGACUUAACGAGGAGAAAAACAUAUUUAACCAUACCACAAAAUCAAACAAGGAGACAAACACAAACCGUGUGACCAUACCACUACAUAGGCAAAUCCUGACUGAUUGACCAAUUGAAAACUUUCCAAUCUUCUACCGUAUCUUUCUCAGUCAGUUGCAACAGUGUCUUAAUGGAUAUCAUUUUCCGCGUACUGCUGGCAAACUGCUUCUGAAAGAUUACGUACUCUUUUCUAUCUUCGGGUCUAGUGUAGAGGUUUAAACUCUAUUCAGAGUGCAGCUAGAAACCUAGCAAAAAAAAAUAUAUAUAAAAACUUUUGUAUGGAUCGUAACGCUAAGCUGGACUCCCCCUCUUCCCCUAUAGCGUUACGUAAUUUGUGUACGAUGCCAAAUGGCUAAAAAUGAUUAUUUCGUAUGUUAUUGUGUUUGAGCGGCCCCCGCGAAACCUGUUCCAGGUGUUCCGGAGCGACCCUAUCAAUUGAUACAUACUUCUGUCUAUCUUUCCUGCCCCAUUCUCUCGAAAUGAUAAAGAUUGAUACGUCGCACGGCAUGUUUUGAUUGCAAACCAGAAAUGUCCACGAUGAUGCCCCCGUGGAACCUGUGCUCAGGCGGAUUUAAGGGGGAGCAAAGGGGGCAAGUGCCCCGGGCCCCCCGAUUAGGGGGGGGGGGCAAGAAUACCGAAGCACUUUAUAUUUUGUUCAACAAAACUAUUUAAAAUAGACUUCCAUACACGAUCGGCAUCAUUAUGGACUCAAAUUUGAAAUGGGGUGGCCAAGUAAACGAGAUUACCAAAAGAGUCUACAACACGCUGCGCACAUUCAGACGAUUUCAGAAAGUACUGUCCGUUCAAACCCGGAAAAAACUAAUGCAAGCAGUACUAAUACCGAUCUUCACCUACGCCGAUGUAGUUUUUUUCCCUGGACUCUCAGCUGCGCAAAGAGAGCAACUAAAUCGCUGCUUCAAGUCGUCGGUGAGGUUUGUGUACGGACUGCGACGGCGAGACUCAACUCAAGCGGUGCGGCACACAAUACUUGGGUGCGAGCUCCUAGAAAACUACCGUCGCCGUGUAUGCCACUUCAUGUACGGUGCGUACCAUGGCAGUCAUCCGGAUUACAUCCGACAGCACACACCAGUAGGACGAAAUGAGCGAGCCAGGUCUUUCGUUCUGCCACAUCACACCACCAGCGCUCGGAAAGGUGUUCUGGUGUACGGAGCAUCCACCUGGAAUUCCCUUCCGCUCAAUGUUAGGCAACAGUCUUCACUAGCAGCUCUUAAAGCUGCGCUCAACAGAGACAACUAAGAAUAGCUUGUACAAUCAGAUAAGAUCUAGUUUACUAUAUUGUUUAUUUUUAAUGUGUUUCUAGUCCUUGACUUGGUUAAAAGUUAAUGUAACUGACAGGUUUACGUUGAAUAAUAAAUUACAAUUACAAUUAAAUUACAAUUAAAUUAUAUUUUAUUCAGAGUAGUUGUCUUUGGGUUCCUUCAGGGUAUCCAGAUUAUAUCAUAAUCUGAAUUUUCACUUGAGAAUACAUAAAUCGAAGUUCGAAAUUUCACAAUCGUUGGUGCACUGGAACUAUUUUAAGAAUGGAUUUGAAGUAUUUGCGGAUUUUUUCGUUGGUAUGAGCUGCCAUUCUAGAAUCAUUAAACGAUUUUUUCAUUUUAUUUAUUAGGUAAAGCAAAACACUUUUUAUCCUUACAAACUAAAUAAAAACAAUAUUUUAACUGCUAAAAACUCGAAUUGUUUAGAAUUGAGUUGUAUUUCCGACAAUGAUCAUUUUGAGGAAUCGGUUUUAAUACAUGAUCGCAGUUAUUUCAUCGCUAGUGAAGUGCUACAGUACCUAUACAAAUAUUUUUUAAAGUGAUUUUUUUCUUCUAAUUUUGGUAUACACAUUUUUUCUAAACUUCUUGAAAGUUCUUAUUUAUUUUGGGUUUAAUAUUAUUGAGAGUUUUUUGCUACUGUCCCCCUAGAGUCCUAAAUUUGUUCAAUCUGAAUUUGGAAAUACCCGCAGAAUAUCCCAAUUCCAAAUAAAAUUUCAUUUAUUUUAACUCUUAUUUUAUUUUUUUUUAGUUAGCAUCUUACAAUUACGGAUGAAAGUAUAAAAUAUGUGUACUAUCUGAAUAAGAUAACAUUAAAAAAAAACACACACACAAAAUAAAUGAUCGCAUCAUUGUCGAAAUUUUGGAGAAUUGCUUUGAAUAUACAUUUUUUAUAGAGCUUCAGAAGAACGCUAUAUUCGGCCUAUAUUUUCAUGAAUACAUUAUAAAACGCGAUUGAAAAUAAAUUAAACAAAUAAAUAUUUGAAGAAACAAAACAGUUGUGUCAAAAUUACAUAGUUUCAUUCAAAAUCGCAAGAACACUAAAAAAUUUAAAAAAAUAUAUAAAAAGUAAAAAAAUCACCGCAUUUUGGAAAAAAAAAUUAAAAAAGAAAAAAAAACUUCGAAAAAAUGUUAAUGUAUGUUAAUGUAUCUUCAAAAUCUUGCUUUUGGGGGGCCCACUUUAUAGGGUUUGCCCCGGGCCCCCCGAUGCCUAAAUUUGGCACUGCCUGUGCUAGAUGUUCCGGGGUGGCCAUAUUAGUUGAUACAGACUUCAGUCUAUCGUUUCUGACUCAGUCAUUCGAAAUCAUGAAGUUUGAUAUGUUGCACGGGGGUCUGUGACAUUUGGCAUAAAGUCUAUUGGCAUAAGGACAUUUGGCAUAAGGUCACUUGGCAUAAAGACAUUUGGCAUAACGGUCAUUUGGCAUAAUGGACACUUGGCAUAAUAAAGAAGGGUGCAUUUCGAUUAUGUCAAAUGUCCAUUAUGCCACAUGACCAUUAUGCCAAAUGUCUUUAUGCCAAGUGACCUUAUGCCAAACGACCUUAUGCCAAAUGACUUUAUGCCAAAUGUCAUGCUCCCCCAGGUAACCACUAAGCAUUUGAAUAAGCCGUAAACCAGGCCGUUUUCAGCAUUUGAACUGCUUUCAGCCCUACAUAAGACGAAUUUCGCCCCAAAUCGUAUUCGGAGUUGGCAGCACCCUCUCAGAUUACAAUGAAACUUUCUGGGUAUGUACACCAAGACUAGAUAAGCCACUUUGCAUACUUAGUUUCUUCAAAAUUUAUCUGGACUGACUUUUGAAAAGGGCUAAACUUUUUUAUGGAUUUUUUAAAAUUGUUUUUAAUCAAAAAAUGACUACUCCUACAAAAAAGUGUUGUAUGGGUGAUUAUCACAAAAUAAGUCAAAUUUUAAGAAAAAAAUACUGAAAAAAAUCCAAAAUGAGCCCUACACUGAAAAAAAUCAUUUCUAAAAAUUCAAAGUUGAUUUAAAAAAAAAUACCAUUUUUGAUUUUGAUGAAAUUUUGUCUCAAGACAGGUAAUUAUGUUCCCUACCAACCGUCCAUACAUCACAAGAUAGGCACUUUUAAGGAAAAAAGUUUUUCUAACAAAAACUUUUUCAUGUCCAAAUUAUUAUUUUUUCAGUGUCUUUUUUUAAAAACAAACUAAACCAGUGAAGGUUAUCUAGUAAUCUCAAAAUGCAAUGAAACUUAUUGUGUCAUAUGCGACAAUGCAAUGCACCCAUAUUCACGCAGCAGCACUCUAGAAGUACGAAACAAUAUACAAUUAGAACACGCAUUUCAUACGUGCUGCUGUAAUUUCUACCCAAACGUUUCUACCCCAUGUUCUUACCUAAUAUUAGGUAAGGCUAUUUAUUAGAUUCGAACUACCUAAUCGAAAAAAAAAAUCAAGAGUUGUACCUAAAGCAAAUAUGAACAAAACAAGAAAAUGAAUCGGUAUCAUUCAACGUGUUACUUCUCUUUGGUUAUUAAAGGCAGUUCUGAAAAGUAAUGGAUCAAUCGUAUAAAUCAAAAUUCAACAAAUUCAAGUGCAGUGCAAAAAUAAACAAUCCAAAGUGCAACCGUCAUAAUCUACGGGGCAUGUCAUUAAGAUUGAUAGAUAAGAUUCAUUCCAUGGGAUAUACACAUGAAAUCGACGAAUCGAUGAGUAUUUGUGAGUCAUGUCGUGGAUUGAUAAGUCACAACAGAAGCCCGAAUACGAAAAAACGCCGAUCGGAUGGAAACGACGAAACUAUGCAACCAUCAUUUAGUGGGCAGCAACAUCAUGAUGUUCCAGAACCAGAACCGUCAACGAGUGGUCAACAAAUCGAACAUGAGCUGGAUAUGGUACCAUCUAUUCCAUCAUUGGAGUCAAUUCCGUCAACAGAUCAACUACAGGGUCCCCAUAAUAUUGAGAAGUUUAAUACCAUUGCUGAAACAUUGAGUUUAUCGCCAAUCUCAUCUAGAAACAUGAGAAGUAUGGAAUAUCGCAUAAACAAAUCAUUGCAGAUUACGAAAGCAGUUCGAAAAAAUAUCUUCGGAAUAGAUUCAACGGAUGUUGGCAAAGUGGAGGCGUAUGACGAGAUAAUUAUGCAGUUAAAGGAUAAGUUCAAUCACCCUACAACUGACAGAAGCGAACAGAUUAAAAUACUAUCUGUACUUCCUAAGUCUUGGUCGGUAAAUAAAAUCACAAGAGAGUUUAACGCACCAAUGUAUAUGGCGAGGCAGGUGAAGGAUUUGUACCACCGAAAAAAGAAGGGGGCAUGGUAUUGAUGACGAUACAAAACAAAUAGUAAGAGAAUUUUUUGAUGAUAAUGAUAUCAGCAGGCCAAUGCCAGGAACAAAUGAUUUUGUUUCUGAGGUUCGAAAUGGAAAAAAACAACAAGUUCAAAAACGACUUUUUAUGAUGUCGCUCAAAGAGGCUUAUAUGAUUUUUGUAGAUAUGUACAAAACUGUGAAUAUUGGUUUCACAGUAUUUACACAGUUGCGACCAAAGCAUUGUAUUUUACUUGAUUCUACUGGUAUACAUAAUGUAUGCAUAUGUACUAUUCAUGAAAAUGUAAAUUUAAUGUUCAACAGUAUAAGAAUUGUGUCACAAGAUGAAAUAAUACAAAAAAUGCUUUGCGAUAUUUCCACCAGAACAGAUAAUUGCUUUUUCCGUGCUUGUGAAAAGUGUGCUUGUAAUGAACACAUUGAAGAGGAACUUACAUUGAUAUUAGAAUCAAAUGACAAAGAAGAGAUUCUAUUUCAGCAGUGGUUGAAUACUGAUCGCUGUAAUUUAGAAACGAUUAUUAAACCUGUUGAUGAAUUUGUUCCGUAUCUUGUUGAUAAAAUUGACAAACUUAUAACACACGACUUUAUUCAUAAACAACAAUCAUCAUUUCUCAGAAAUAAAAAAGAUACAUUAAAGGAUGAUGAAAUUCUUGCGAUUUGUGAUUGCUCUGAAAACUAUUCAUUCAUAAUUCAAAACGCUGCUCAAGGAUAUCAUUGGAACAACUCGCAAGCAACAAUACACCCAUUUGAAAUUUACUAUAUGAAAGAUAAUAAACUUGUAAAUGUUAGCUUCAUUAUCAUAUCGGAAGUAAUGGCUCACGAUACAGUUGCGGUCCAGUUGUUCAUCUCAAAAAUGAUAGAUUUUAUGAAACAAUUAACGAACUUUUCUAAAAUUUAUUUUAUGUCUGAUGGGGCAGCAUCACAAUACAAAAAUAAGAAGAACUUUGCUAGUCUAUGUAGAUUCCAGUCAAAGCAUGCAUUAAGAGCAGAAUGGCAUUUUUUUGCAACGUCCCACGGUAAAGGUCCAUGUGAUGCUAUUGGUGGCACUCUCAAGCGAAUGGCAAAGAGAGCAAGUCUUGCUCGCGAUUAUGGAAAUACCAUAACAACUCCACGAGAGUUAUAUAACUGGGCAGUUGUACAGACAGAUAAAAAUAUAACUAAAUUAAAUUUCUGUUACGUAUCCACUGAACAGUACAUUAAAAUGUCAGAAGAUCUCGAAGAAAUAUAUAAUAACGCCAAAACAAUACCAGGCACUCAGAAAUUCCAUAGUUUUUUGCCUAUUCCUGGCGACAAAGUAAAGGCAAACAGGUAUUCUAAUUCAGAAGAUGAACCAAAAAUAUUUAGUAUGAUCGGAAAAAAAUAGAAAAGAACAUGUUUGAAAUUGGCUCUAAGACACAUAUAUAUAUAUAUAUUUGAAAAAUUCAUAAUUAUAAAUAAUUGUAUAUUUAAAAGUGCACUUCAAUACAUAUUGCGAUCAAACAUUACAUUUCCUAAGAAAAUACAUUUGUAAUAUUUUCAGUUUUUUAUGUAUAGGAAACCCCUUCCAAAUGAUUGAAUAAAUAACACAAAAUCUCCUAGAAAAUUGAGUUUCAUUGGAUUCUGGGAUUGUUAUUGCCUUCACUGGUUUUAUUGUUGAUAACAAAAUACACUGAAAAAAAAAUCAUUCGAACAAGAAAAAGUUUUUGUUAGAAAAACUUUUUUUCCUUAAAAGUGCCUAUCUUGUGAUGUAUGGACGGUUGGUAGGGAACAUAAUUACCUGUCUUGAGACAAAAUUUCAUCAAAAUCAAAAAUGGUGUUUUUUUUAAAUCAACUUUGAAUUUUUAGAAAUGAUUUUUUUCAGUGUAGGGCUCAUUUUGGAUUUUUUUCAGUAUUUUUUUCUUAAAAUUUGACUUAUUUUGUGAUAAUCACCCAUACAACACUUUUUUGUAGGAGUAGUCAUUUUUUGAUUAAAAACAUUUUUUAAAAAUCCAUAAAAAAAGUUUAGCCCUUUUCAAAAGUCAGUCGAGAAAAAAAAUUAGAAAAAUGAGUAUGCAAAGUGGCUUAUCUGGGCAAGGUCUACACACCAAGAAAGUUUCGUUGUAAUCUGAGAGGGUGCUGCCAACAUUUGUUCGAGUUGGCGCGAAAUCCGUCUAUAAAUGCAACACGGACAGCCUUAUCUCCGCCAUUUCACAUCCUAACUAAAAAUCAAGACGGAUUGUUGUUCUGAUCCCAGUUAACCCUCAAGAGGAUAACUCAUACCAUUAAGUUACUUAAAUAAAGGUCCGUUUUGGGACCCUGGGGUCAUCUGGACCCCAACAUAUAUUCUCGCGUAUCUCAUGAUCCUUUCUUUUUGAAAGGGCAAAAAUGUUAGGAACAUCAAGACCUACACACUUAGCACAAAUCACCGACAAUAUUGAUUUUUUCAGCAAACUUUUAUAUUUUCUGUUAUAAAUCUCCUAUUUGUUGUCUAAGUUAACUAUUUGUAUCACCAGUUUGUGCACCGUGUUGCGCGAGAUCCAGCAUAUUCUAAUGUUUACCAACGCAUCACUACGGAGUUAUCAUCACCGCCGGUCAAGCCAUCUGGAGUGGUUUAUUUCACUUUAAAAUUAAUUAUCACACUAUAGUAUUUAUGCGCUGCGAAAUAACAGUCGAAAUUAUGUUACAAAGGUACUUACCUACAGUUUUUUACAGGAAUUGGAAGAGAAUAACACAUAUUAAAACAAAGUGCUCGAAUCACCGUCUCCGGAGAAAAAAAAUUCCAUUGCGUGUUUGACGUUUCUAGCCAGCAGACUACCGACUUCGGUAACCUGAAGAACCGAUUAUUCGGUAAACUUUACCGAAUUCGGUGUUGGACCUAUUUUGCAGUCCAGUUCGGUGAAAUAGAUUACCGUACUCGUUAAAAUGCUACACGUUUACCGAGAUAUUGUAACUUAUUUUACAAAUUUCGGUGAUUGAGAGCGUGAUUACCGAAAAUUCGGUAAAUUUUUGAAUUACCGAUCCGUCUCGGUAAUUUUCAUUACCGAACACAUGAGGUCUGUUUAACUGUGUACUUUUCUGUAAUUUCGAAUGAAAUUAAAUGGAAAUUUAAAAGUUCUAAUGCCUACGUCACGUGUAAUUUUCUUUUUGUGUGGCAUCCGAUGCUUUUUAAAAUCUGCACACUUGUAAAACAGAACAAUUUGUUGCAUUUUGUUGACAUUCCUAAAAUUUGGGAUCGCAGAUAUUUACUGCUUUUGUCCUAAAUCUCGAAACAAGAAAAAAUGCCGAAAUAUGAGCACUCUAUUCAAAAAACACAUGGUAGGUAUGUUAAUAGUUUAGAAUAAUUUAUUAUUAUUAUUAUUAUUAUUAUUAUUAUUAUUAUUAUUUAUUUUAACUUGAAAUUUUGAAAGAGGGAAAAACCCCUUUGAGUGAUUUCGGCAUUUCAAAAACGAAAUCUUUCUCAAAGAGUCACAAAACCUCUUUUUCCUUUCAAAAAACAUUAUAAAAAUAACUUAAAACUAAAGGCUCACACGGCAGUGAACCAUAACGGAGCCGCAAUCUUGAAAAAGGACAGCAUGCCAAAUCGUAAAACGAGUUUUCGGAAAUCCAGAAAUCCUAAUGGGGAAGGGGGAGGGGUCAGGGGGUCAUCAAAAACCAAUCUUUAAGGCUGAAAAUAAAGAAUACAAAAAAAAGGGGAACAGUAUCAAAUAAAAUAGGCAAUAUCAUUUAGAAAUUUGAACAAAAGUUUCAAUAUAUGUUCAUUUUUUAAGCCCAAAAUAUCCCGUAUAUAUACAGGAAUUGAAAAACCUGCUGCAAUUAGGCUAUCAAAUAAUAUCUUCCUCGGUGCAAUAAACCGAGAACAAUUAAUUAUAAUGUGAUCAAUGUCUUCAUACGAUAAGCCACAUUCGCAUAAAUUUGAAUCUACAAUGUUGAUACGAUACAAAUGACUAUUACAAAUAUAAUGAUUGGAUAUCAAUCUCGAAAAAGCACAAAUGAAAUUUCUACUCCCAGAUACAUGUUUAAACCAAGGAAAAUGAUUCACCUUGGGACAUAUUGAAUGACACCAUCGCCCUUUAUCACUAGAAUUCCAAUUGAUUUGCCAAGCAUUUAGAGGAUAAUUUCUCAGAUUGGGAAAAUAUUCAGAAGGAAAUAUAUCACGAUGAUAAAUUUGUCCACGCAUUACCCCAAAUUUUGCCAAUAAAUCCGCCUGUUCAUUGCCAUAAAUAUUACAAUGAGCAGGAAUCCAAACAAAUUUAUUAACAUAUCCUUCAUAAUGCAAAACAAAUAAUAUUUUUUUCAACAUCAACAUGAUAUGAUGUGAUUUAAAAUUGAAUUUAAUAGUAUUCAAAGCACUCAGACAACUGAAACUAUCAGAGCAUAUGAUAUACAAAUCGGGCGGACAAUCUCUGAUAAUGGUACAUGUAAAAUACAGAGCAAUUAGUUCUGUAAUGAAAAUAGAACACGGAGAUUGUAAUUUAUGAAAAUGAGUUAAACAUAAAUUAUACACUCCAAAACCUGCAAUGCCAUCAAUCAGAUAACCAUCUGUGAAAUACAUUUGUGUAGGGUUGAAUCCCUCAAAUUUACGUUGAUAUAGAAAAUUUGCAAAAUGCGAAUGAAGCAACUUUGGUAUUUGCCGCAAUUCAUAAGUCAAGUCAAGUAAUGGUUCAUAUGAUUUGAUGAUUAUUUGCAAAACAAUUUAUCAAAAAUUUACAAUUUAAUUCCUGAAAACGAAUUUUAAGUGGAACAAUACCAGCUAGAACUUCUAUUGAUUGAAUAUGAGUGGAAUUCAAUAGUUUUAAACAAAUUCUCAAACAACGGUGUUGAAUUUUUUCAAGUUUUGAAAAAUGAAUUUGUGCAGCACUACCAAAAGUAAAGCAACCGUAUUCCAUUACUGAACGAAUAGUGGUUUUAUAUAGCGUUAUCAAAUCAGAAGGAUUUGCACCCCACCAAGUGCCUGUAAUUGUACGAAGAAAAUAAUUUCUUCUUGAACAAACUUUUUGAAUGUAUAUAAUGUGAGUGUUCCAAUUUAAUUUAGAGUCAAACCAAAUACCAAGAUAUUUAUACUCAUCAAUUUGUUCUAUUUGAAGUCCAUUGAGAAAUAAAUUAAUGCUUAUGGGCGAAUGUUUUCUCGAAAAUAAAAUAAAUUUGGUUUUUUGAACUGAAAAUGAGAAUCCAUUUUCAUGAGCCCACAUAUCCAAAUUAUCCAAAGCAGUUUAGAAUAAUUUUGAAACCAGUUUUAAUUUAAACAACAAAGCAACAUCAACAUUUGUAAUCAAAUUUAAUUAAGAUAAACUUAUAUCAAAAUGUGAUAUUAAUUUGCUGCUGAAUACUUAUUAUGUUUUGGAUUGACUAUCAUUUGCUGUUGGGUUCUGUUCGGCUAAUACUACACGCUUCAGGAUAUACUACAACUGUUCCGAUGAUAAUGCGCUGAUUUUAUCGCCAAUAUUAAGUAUGAUUAAAGAACAUCUUCAGGUCCGAACUCUAAAACUAAAACUAAGAGAUAGUCGCUUCUGUAUUAAGCAUUUUCCUUAGCUCUUCGAUCUGUAACAUAUGAUUCCCUUUUCCCUCUUUCGAUAUAUAACUUAUACAGUCGACUCCCCAUGUCUCGAUAUUGAAGGGACCAUCGAGAUAGUGAGAGAUCGAAUUGAAGAACCAAUUUGUUAUGCGCACUAGAUUGAAAAAAUCUCCGCAACUAAGAAAAAACGAUAACAAACAUACGUCACGUUGCCUUCUCAGAAUGUUUUACACCUAGGAAACGAGCGCUAGUAACCCGUGAGAAUGAGCGUAUCGUCAUAUAGAGAGAAAGUCUAGAACAAAAAUCAAUAAGAUAUAUUAAUAAGAUAGUAUUACAUCGAGAUAUGGAGGUAUCGACAUGUAAAGAGGAUAAAUGUAGCAGAUUGAGGGAACUGAUCAAACCCUCGAGAUAGGGGAGAUAUAGAGAAGUAGAACAUCGAGAUAUGGAGAGUCGACUGUAAUUUAAUCAAGAUUCUACCUAUUCGGUGUAUUUUUCGAUGAAACAAUAUUGUUUUAUGUGUGCCAAAUCCAAAUCAGCUGCAGAAAUGGGAUAAAAAUAAUAAAGCAUUUAAUCUGAAAAAUAUUAAAAACUCAUCGGAUUUGUUAAAGAAUUUUCAGCAAAACCCGAUAUUUUGAUAAAUAUUUUUUUGUCUGCCCCCUCACAAUGCAAAAUCCAGCCAAACAUUUUUGAA